UCACCACCUUUUACCACCGAAUAGCCGUAUCCUCUCCCUGAAACACGCAUAAAGAGAACUUCACCUAACAAGGCUUUCCCCGCCAGCCAUGUCAAUCAUCCAGCAACACACCGCCGCAACGCUCGGCGACGCCUGGCGCACCGUCAACAUCGACAUCCUCAACGAGGACUCGAGCGUCAACUUUGACACGUCGACGCUGCACCCGCCGCAGCCCGAGAUCAGCGAGGCCGACGUGCGCAAUCUGUCGACGCAGGUGCGGCAGCUGCUGCGGGGGGGCGAUGCGGAGGGUGCGCUGAGGGGAUGCCUGGAGACGCCGGUUUACAACGGGGUGGAUGCUGCAAAGGAGGCGCAUUUGCAGACCAUCAUCGAGGUGCUGCAGUCCAUCAAGGCGAGCGACAUGACGCCGCUGCUCAAGGGCGUCUAUGCGUCCCCCGGCGGAAGCGAGCUGCUCGACGUGCUCAUGAAGUACAUCUACAAGGGCAUGGCCGUCGGCGCUCCCGCAACCACCGGCCUCAAGUCCCCCGCGAAGAUGACCCCUCAGUCCACCGGCUUCAGCCAGGUCGGCUCGCGCCCCGGCGUUGCCAACGAGUCCGCGUCGGCGGCCAUGAGUGUCUUGUUGAGCUGGCAUGAGAAGUUGGUGGAGGUUGCUGGGCUGGGAUGCAUUGGCCGGACAAUGACCGAUUGGCGAAGAGUAUAAAGGAAGAAGAAGAGCAAGGGGGGUAGGGUAGCUGAUGCUGCUGGGACAAGUGUUGAAAGGAGAGAGGGGGAAGAUUGAUUAUUGCAAAAUUUUGAGUGUAUAGAAGCGGUAUGAAGGGAGCCCAAGGUGUUUGGCUUUUCUUUACUUUACAAAUGGGAGCAAAUGGCUAUGAAAAUUUCAUGGUAUAAUGGUCAUCCAAUGGCUGGCUGGCUGAGAUAUAUCUUUUUUAAAAAAAAAAAUCCAUCAUGUAUUCAUGCAUGUGGUAUAUAUAUAUGUACCUGUCUUACUACUCUUUCUUUUCCAGAAUAUCCUUCAGAUUCGUCUGGCCACUUCCUCUAGCCAGGGGCUGCGGCUGGUCCUCUCCCUCACGCCAGCCAAUCAUGUAUAUAAUUCUAAACGUUGCAGGAAUAGAUCCGUCUGGAUUGCCGUGCAAAGACCGGUAGAUGGCAUCGUUGGCAAGCAGAACGUCUCUCUGGAUGGGGCCCAUCUCGCGGUUCAGGAUGGCGUUGCUCUCGCCCAUUGCCUGCAGGUCCUGCAUCAGGGCAAACGUAUCGGGGUAGUCGACAAUGAUGUCGUCAACGUCCACCGUCAGCAUCUUGAAGCCUGCUUUCUGAAGCAGGCCGCCAACGUCUCGCACAUCAGCCAGCGGCGAGACGUGCGGGGACAUGCCGCCUCUUCGUUCCUGCUCUGCCAGCUGCAGGGAUGUCCGUAGCUCGUACAGCGUGUCGCCUCCAAGCAUUGCGCCGAUAAAAGGGCAGUCUGGCUUGAGGAUGCUGUUGAUCUGGGAUAGUACGCCGGGGAGGUCGUUGAUCCAGUGCAGGCUUAGAGAGCUCAGAACAAGGUCAAAGGACUCGGGCUCAAAGGGAAUUGUUUCUUCAUCGUCUACUACCUGGCGUGUCAAGGAGAUUUUGUCGUUGAACUCCUGGUCGGCGUCUCUGUAGAGCCUGGCCUCGGAAGAAUCAGUCGCAAUGAGUUCGCCGAUGCGGGUCGAGAGAGGUGGUGACUCGGUGACGUCGGGAUCGGGGUCGGGGUUCUCGCGCACGAGGGCUUUUGCAACAUUGCAUGAAUUGGCGCCGAGGUCGAGAGCUCGGGGGAAGUGUCGCCUUAUAUCAAGAAGUCUCUCUGUCAGCCGGAUAGCCGCCUCAUCCUUGAGAUAGUCUGCUAUCCGGCUCUCUUCGAGAUUGGAAGCUGCGCGCUCUUUCUGCAGCCAUUUUGCCCGUCGAUUGAAGACUUGGAAUCGUGUCGCUCCCGAGGCGACUGCAUAAAAGCGACGAGGGGCAGCAGCUUCAGCGACGAAUUGGUUGCUGCUGCGCGGGGCCAGCCUCGUAAGGCUGCUUUUUCCCCAGCUCAUGAAUGCGGACGGGCGCACACACGUGGACAUGACAUGCUCAUCCACCGCCUAGAAUCCAGAGCGGGAGGAAUGGAUUGUGUGCAUGCAACUUGCGAGAAGCUGGAGUUGAGCUUUUCGAAGAAGAAGCUAGCAGUGACGUACUAACAAUGUGCAUGUAUUGACCCAAUUUAGCAGCGCAGUGCACCCGGCUGUGGUUUUUUUCUUCAAGAGUUGCAGGCGCACGGGCCACGCGACCACAGGGUCCUCGACAGCGCAAACCGCUGCGAGCUAUCGGCGUUUAUAGUGGCCAUCACCCGCUACGGGAUACUGGAGCUCCUGGGGCCCUCUCCUAAUCAGGCGCUGCUCCACGCAAGGAACCAAAUGGCCCUCUAUCAAGGCCUUCGACCUUCUCCCGAGCCGCCCGUGAGACGCGACACCCAGUGCCUUGCAUCUCACAACUCGUG